AUGGACGACCGGUCGCCCACCGAGCCAAGAGCUCGUCAUGUCGCGUCCGCUGUGGGUAUCCACCGGCGGAGCACUAAUGCCUGCCAGCGCUGCAAGCGGAAGAAGAUCAAGUGCUUCUACAACAGCGCGAAUACCCACCGUAAAUGCGUCGCUUGUGCCAAGUCGCGUGCUGACUGUCAAUUUGACCUCCCUCCUGACGGCGUCUUUAGAGGUGAUGGAUACGUUGCCACUCUGGAGGCCCGCAUCCAGACCUUGGAGGCACAGUUACAGGCGGCGAAUUCCCAGUCUGCUCUUAGCGGGAACAAUGUGCAUCUCACGCCCCCGGAGGAUGCUGAGCGUCUUGGAGUACAAGAACAUGACCUCAGAAGGGCCGCUACCGGGCAUCCCAGCCGACGGCCGCAAGCCCAAGAUACCCUAUUCAAGUCGCCGCGAGCACCUCAAACGUCGAACUUUGACGUCACGGUCCUCGAUAUGCUGCAUGGCAACGCGUCUACCUCAGAAAUAGCAGAGUCCCUGCCUCCGCUUCCCUCUAGUGCCAGCGCCCGGACUCUGGUGGACACUGUCUACUUUUAUACCCAGGCGCGGUACUGCAUUGUCGACUGGACUCGGGUCCGCGAGUGGCACCAGGAUCGAGAUGCAAUUGCUUAUAUUUCGACCCAGGCCCCAGUCGAGGCGCAGAGAGGAGCCUUCUUUAUCUGGAUUAUCUAUGCCAUCGGUGCUCGUCUGAUUUCGAAUCCGGAGAAUUCAUAUGAGGAAUACUUCGCUCGUGCCCGAUGUUAUCUCCCCGCUGUGAUGGCAUCGCAAGACUCGGCGACAGUCCAAGCCCUGCUAUGUAUAGUGCAGUACUACUUUCGUGCUCCAACUGAAUCCCCAAUCUGGCAUCUAGUAGGUUUUGCACUGCGACUAUGUAUCAGGCUUAGAUUCCAUCGCUCUAUUUCGAAUACUCGAGAGUCGAGAGAUAUAGACCCGUACACCGUCGAGCUUCGGAAGCGGUUCUUCUGGUGUGCAUAUUGUUUUGACCGAUGCCUUGGAAUCCUGUCCAAGCUUCCAUUUGGGAUUAGCGACUCGGAUAUUGAUGUCGAGAUUCCCGUGGAUAUCGACUGCACAUGCACAGACCAGAACAAGAUCCAAGAACUGCAGCGACUGCAGGCAGCUGGGCAGGAUGGGCGUGAAGAGGGGACAGUGACGACAAUGACAGCCACCCUGCACCACCUGCAAGUCUACCGCAUCCGAUCAAAGAUACUAUCAAACUUCACUGGCCCACACGCCCAGAAACCCUCCUUCGACGACGUAAUGCGUCUCCUCUCCGAACUCGAUCAAUGGCGCCAACAAGCACCACGCAACGACGCCAGACCCUUCCCCCAGCAGAACCCCGACCGUGUCGAGGCCACAUACCUCCAAGCAAUCCUCAUCAUCAUCAGACCAGUUCUCAUGGGUAAUCCCAUUGAUCCCGCAUUAAUAAAACUCUGCGGUGACUUUGCCGCCGAUGCUUGCGAGAGCGCCAAAACCCUAAGUCUAAACCCGCAAACCCAAGCCGACCUCAUAACAGUCUACCACUUCUUCUACUGCGGCAUCACGCUCCUGCAAUGUCUCGCAAUCGAUCCAACAGCGCUAACGCCCCGGCGCGCACACCAGGCCAUCAGCGCCUGCCUGAGUGCGCUGGCGAUCUACACCCGCGAACUCCCCGCCGCGUCCCCGUUUCUGAAGCUCUUUGAGGAUGUCUCGAAUUUGUUUAUUCGGAAUGAUCAUUAUCAGCCUGCUGUUGGCACUGCUGGCGCUGCUGUUGGUGGGGUUGAGGUGGGACAGAGGGAGGGGUUGAAGAGGUUGUUGGAUCGGAUUGUUUGGAGUGGGCCCGAGGAGAUGAUGGGGAUCUGGCAGUCGGUAUCUGGGAAAGAACCAGAUUCAGGGAAUGGGAAUGGGAAUGGGAAUAUCAACCCUCCGAUGCCAAACCAACACAAUCAACAAGCCGAGACGCAGUCCGCUGCAGAAUCUUUAGAGAUCGAAACAAUGUACGACUCCAUCCUAGGAGGCCAAUCUACCGUGCUAGGUCUGGAUACAUCACCACUGACAAUCCCCGACAUCUCGAACCUGUUUACGCCGGACGUGGAAAUGGCGGGGCUCUGGGCUGGAUCGACGCCUUGGUUGGACUCGUCGACUUUGGAGUUUGAGAGGAUGGUUGCGGAGAAUGGGUUGGGAUGA